GAUCUCUCUUAAGUCUUAACAAUCAAGUAAACAGCUCUACGUUAUAUUCUUGGUCGGUGACGCUUCUCCCAAUCCAUCAUCAUCAUAUGGCACCUCCGCAACCGCUUCACGGCGGCGCUUCCACUCAGCAAACCCUACAAUUCCUGAGCAACGUCCUCUCACAGCGCGGCCCAUCAUCCCUCCCAUACUCUGAAGAUGUCAAGUGGCUGAUCCGCCAGCACCUCGUUUCUCUCACCGAUGCCUACCCUUCUCUUCAGCCCAAAACCGCCACUUUCACGCACAACGACGGCCGCACCGUCAACCUCCUCCAAGCCGACGGCACAGUUCCGAUGUCUUAUGGCGGCGUUACCUACAACAUCCCAGUUGUUAUCUGGCUUAUGGAGUUGUACCCUCGUCACCCUCCUUGCGUAUUUGUGAAUCCGACGCGCGACAUGAUUAUCAAGCGCCCACACCCUCAUGUUACUCCUUCUGGUUCGGUUUCUAUCCCUUAUUUGCAGAAAUGGAUUUACCCUAGCUCUAAUUUGGUUGAUUUAGCUCGUGAUUUGAGCCAUUAUUUUGGUAGAGACCCACCGCUUUACUCUCAGCGGAAACCUGAUUCGAGUUCUAACAAUCCUAAUUCUAAUCAUAGUCAUGGGUAUGGUCAAGGUCAUGGUGGUAGUUUGGGUGGGAAUUCUGUGAUUUCGUCUAAUUCUGGGUUUUCUGGGUCUGGGUCGGUCGUAAACCCUUCGAUGGGGCCGAGGGUUUUCCCACCCUCGCCUUAUGUGGGUAGCGGAAGGAUCAUGCCCCCUUCGCCACAGAGGGCGAGUAGUGGAACAGAUGAUCCGAACGAGGUUUUUAAGAGGAAUGCAAUUGAUAAGCUUGUGGGAAUGGUACAUGGGGAUGUUGUGGGGUUGAGGAAGAAGAGGGAGGCAGAAAUGGAAGGUCUUUUUAGUGCCCAAGCUACGUUGAGACAGAGGGAGGAGCAAAUCAAUAAGGGGUUGAAAGAGAUGUUUGAUGAGAAGGAAGGUCUGGAACAACAGUUGCAGAUGGUUUUGACAAAUGCAGAUGUGUUGGAAGGUUGGUUGAGGGAAAAUGAGGAGAAGAUGUCUAAAUUAGGGAGUAAUUUUGAUGUUGAUGAUGCAUUUGAGCCUUGUGAUACUCUUUCGAAGCAAAUGAUUGAGGCUAGCGCAUCUGAUUUGGCGAUAGAGGAUGUCAUUUAUUCCUUGGAUAAGGCAGUUCAGGAUGGGGUAAUACCUUUUGAUCAGUACUUGAAGAAUGUGAGGCUGUUGUCCAGAGACCAGUUUUUCCAUCGGGCUACUUCCGUGAAAGUCCGAGCAGCUCAAAUGCAAGCUCAUGUUGCUAGUAUGGCUUCCAGGACAUCACAGUAUACGAUGUGAGCAGGACAUGUAAGUUCUCUUCGUAGUCAGGAUCGUAUGUUGAAGUAAAUACUUAAUUCGAACUGGAAUCAAUAAGUAGCCUUCCUUGUAAUAUUCCAUGAAUGACGUCAUUGUUGGGCUGGCUGAUGGAGCAAGACCGGUAUGUGAGUGACUGAAAGAAUGGUGAAUACGAGUUUUGCUUUUAAAUUGUUUAUAACAUUCAGUCUAUGUGAAAAGUGGCAAUUAUGUAUAUUUUCAGAUAUUGAUGCAGUUCUAUAUUUUGGAAAUUCAUAGUAUGAUACUUUUUUGACUUGCCUGUACAUGGUUUGAGUUCUCUACGGACAUGAUAUGAUACAACAGCAUUUGUUUG